CUUCCCCCCAGCCCCUUCACUUCACUCCCCUUUGGUCUCUCUCCCUUCAUCUCUUCAUUCGCGCAUUCAUCACGUUAGAAUUUAUUUUUAUCGAGGGUAUUUUGUUAACAAUAAUCACAUUCAUUUCAUAGUACUCCACGUUAACUUCCCUGUAACAUGAUAUAAUUUUAAAUAUUUGCGCGUGGGACUGUCAAAGUUACCGGAUGAAUCUGGUGCUAGGUUGUGACUCAGAAGAAGGAUUUUGAAGACUACAGUGCAUUUUAGUGUUACGGAAAUUACAUCUGGUUGUUGUAUGUGAUGUCCGACGGAGAUCCAUCGCUUGAAGAGGACGUUCCCAAGCCUCUGUUGGUAAAUGUGGAGGAGAAUGUGUUUACCCCGAAGAUAACUACCCCUAUUUACGCGGGCGGUGUAAAAUUACAUCACAAGAGAUCUGACGCAGGCGAGACGGAGUCUUUCCUGACUGAAGCCCAGCGCAAUGACCUCGCCUUCCAGCAACUCUUCCAAAGUGGAGAUGACGAAUUUCACGAGACAGAGAAGGCGCGGGAGGAGAAAAUCGCGGACCUUCAGGCCAUGUCCGUCCUGAGCAUGUACCACGACAACAUGUCCCAAGACAUGAACACCGACCGGGACAACGGUAGCGAAGCGUCCACCAGGCCAGCAGAGGAGUGUAUCUGCGGCGGACCUCCCGACGUCGGCAAUGGCAAACCCUCGGACAACCAUUGCUCGAUAGUGAUGGGCGGAGUCCUCCACAAUCCCUCUCUGACCUUCACCGAUGGGGUGAAGACGGUAGACUACGUGUUGGUCUGGGAGGCCGGCAAAGAGGACGCGAGGAAACCCGAGGCGGUGGAACAGAGGAGGAUAUUUGAGGAGAACCUGGAACUCGAGGGGUUAGCGCUGGAGAGGGCCGCGCCGGAUAACCUUUACGGACUGAACUUUGUUAAGAUACAUGCGCCCGUACAAGUUCUGAAAGAUUAUAGUGAAAUAUUAAAAUUAAGGAUGCCAAUGAAGGAAUGCAGUAAGAUACGAAAAGGUGGGAAGACGAAUAAGAUACUGAAUGCUGCACUGUAUAUGUCUAAGUUCUCAGCCCUUAAAGAUGUGCACGAAAAGACUAACAGUCUGCUGGACAAAGUGGAGGGCUGUUGGGAUAGCUUCAUGAACACAAUCAGGGUGGACCCAGUAAAGUUCCCUGAGAAGAGACACCGCCUCACUGCCAUUUAUUCUAAGGACAAGGAGUACUUAUUCGAUACAAGUUCCCCAUGUUUCUGGACUCCGUCGAUCCGUUCUCGCAUAGUCCAGUUCAUCCUGGACCGCAAGAAGUUUUCCAAGGAGCCCGGCGACGACUUCGCAUUCGGCAUCACGAGGCUUAUCAGCAAUAACGUGUAUAGCGCUGCGUAUCCUCUACACGACGGUGAUCUCAAAACUCCUGGCUCAAUGCGGCAUCUGCUAUACACGGAAUGGGCUAGCGUAUCCAAAUGUAUAAAAUACCAGCCGCUCGACUAUAUUAAGGAUUAUUUUGGAGUUAAAAUAGGUUUAUAUUUCGCAUGGCUCGGCUUUUACACGCACAUGCUUAUACCAGCAUCGAUAGUGGGACUUAUAUGUGUGAUAUAUUCUGCGUCUACUGUAUACUCGAAUAAACCUAGCGAAGACGUAUGCAACUACAACUCGACGAUCAAGAUGUGUCCGCUGUGCGACUACCACUGCGACUUUUGGGACCUCAAAGACACGUGCUUGUAUUCCCGCAUCACGUAUCUGUUCGACAACCCGACCACUGUGUUCUUUGCCGUGUUCAUGAGUUUUUGGGGCGCGUGUUUCCUGGAGCUGUGGAAGCGGUACUCGGCGGAGAUGACGCACCGCUGGGACCUGACCGGCUUCGACGUGUACGAGGAGCACCCGCGCCCGCAGUACCUGGCAAGGCUCGCGCACGUCAAGCGGACUGAGCUCAACGUCAUAACGGGCGAGCGGGAGCCCAUGGUUCCGUUCUGGCGCAUGCGUCUCCCCGCCACGCUCAUGUCGUUCAGUAUCGUGGCUCUUCUGAUCCUGAUGGCGCUGGCAGCAGUGCUUGGUGUGGUGCUAUACCGCAUGUCGAUCAUCGGCGCCACGCUGUUGAGGCAAGACAACCGGCUGAUAUCGUACAACCCGAUCAUGUUCACCACGGCCACUGCUGCCUGUAUCAACCUGGUGCUCAUCUGCGUGUUUAAUUAUAUGUAUACCUACCUAGCAGAGUGGCUCACGGAAAAGGAACUCCUGCGCACACAGACAGAGUUCGACGACUCGCUCACGCUCAAGAUUUACCUGCUGCAGUUCGUCAACUACUACGCGUCGAUUUUCUACAUCGCUUUCUUCAAGGGAAAGUAUGUGGGUCGGCCUGGGGACUAUGUGAGGGUAUUCGGCCAGAGACAAGAAGAGUGCGCGCCGGGCGGCUGCUUCGUCGAGCUGUCCAUCCAGCUCGCCAUCAUCAUGGUGGGCAAGCAAUUCAUCAACACCUGCGUGGAGAUGCUCAUGCCCUACCUGCUCAAGUGGUGGAACAUCAUCCGCGCUAUCGGCAGGAAAAACACAAUCAAAAGUCCUAUGCAGUGGGUGAAAGACUUUAAGCUGGUAGACUUCGGGAACAUGGGACUAUUUCCCGAGUAUUUGGAAAUGGUUCUCCAAUACGGCUUCGUAACGAUAUUCGUGGCUGCGUUCCCGCUCGCACCUCUCUUCGCUCUCAUCAACAAUAUUCUGGAAAUGCGCCUCGACGCGAAGAAGUUUCUCACUUGCUACCGCCGUCCCGUGCCGCAAAGAGUCACCGACAUCGGCGUGUGGUACAGGAUACUCGACUCUAUCGGCAAGCUGAGCGUGAUCACUAACGGCUUCAUAAUAGCGUUCACCUCGGACUUCAUCCCACGUCUGGUCUAUUACUUCUCGAAUGGCACGUACGAGAAUUACGUCAACCACACACUUGCCGAGUUUGACGUGACCGUUUUCCACGAGUAUCGGCCUCAGUCCUCCACGUACAAUGAGACGAUGUGCUCCUACCCCGGCUACUGGUACAACGACGGCGAAGACUAUGCGCGAUCUAACUGGUACUGGCACAUCAUCGGCGCGAGGCUCGCUUUCGUCGUCGUGUUUGAGAACGUGGUCGCGCUAGUGACGAUCAUCGUCCGCUGGGCGAUCCCGGACAUGUCGUGCGAGCUUCGCGACCGCAUCCGGCGCGAGGCCUACGUCAUCAACACGUUCAUCCUGGACGAGACGCGUGCGCGCUCGGGCCGGACGGCCGACCGGACGGAGCCGGACACGCCGCAAGAUGAGCGAACGGAAUCGAACUGGAAUCACAUAGCGUCUCUGUCUGGAUCUGAAUUCGAUCUCGCGGCCCACGGCGACCAAAACAACUUGAGAGACAUCGCUAUGCACGUCAUAGCCAACGAAGCGAGGAGCGAAAACCCGCCGCCCGCGCACGUAUAGAUUUACAUUGACCACGCCCCUUGGAUACGUUUCAAGUUAUAGGGUUGUGCGUACGCUAAGUUACGGGUGACGUAGUACGCCGAUGCCAUGUAGUUAUUUACAUUGACUACGCCUCUUGGAUAGCUUCGUUUGAAGUUAUGAGAUUGCGCGUACGCUGAGUUACGGGUGACAUAGUACGCACGAAGGCUGAUUGAGCCUGAUAUACAUUGACCAUGCGUCUUGGAUACACUGUCUACGUUUAAAGUUACACGUGCGUACGCUGUGCUACGAGUCCGCUGUACAACGUACGCACGAAGGCUAAUAGAGCUUGUAUAUUGUGGACAUACGGUGCACAUUUUUUUUUCUCGAGAUGUAAUACGUAUUGAAUCGGGCAGUAAGUAAAUUGUACAUAAUGUAGUAUUUUGUGCUACGUCAUCUUCACCUUUGCGUACGCGCAGCCAACUUUGGAGCCAACCCAUCGUUGCUGCGAUCACACAGGUGUCUGCUUUAAUUCGAUGUUGCGACAAUGGUCAAGCGCAUUCGGCCAACUAUACAAAGGUUCGUAUUCUAUACACUUUGCUCCAUUGACUCAAGACGUCAUGGUUUUUCGUCCACGGCCUAUUUUGACUACACACCUCACUAAGUAGAUGAAUCACAUGGCCUAAGUAUUUUGGGUUCCAGAAUAAUAGCACUUCGAGUUAAUUGACUGAGAAGUGUAAUCUUUAUUUUGCUCAGGCAAAAUAUCGCUCUUAUUUGUUAAGCGGAAGUCGUAGGAUAAGAUAAGAAGGUUUUGGAGUAGGUUCUGUUAAGUCUCGAAGUGAAAUAUCAAAGAAUGCUAAAGGAAAAAUGAUUUUCAACAUUGAUACCUCAUUUCCAUGUCUCGAUUGAUCUAAAUAAAAGUAAAAAUUGUACUUAAAGAUAACAUAUCACGUUCAUAAAGUGACUGAGGAAAUAGACACAACAUUUUUUAAUACUUAUUUAUUGGUACAAAAGUAUAUUAACGUAUUUAAGUUGCUCAUUAAUUGACCAUUUAUUUAUUUCAUUGAAAAAAAAAAUGUUUCUUACUCAGUCACUAAUACUAGUUGCAGAUCUAUAAUAUUUAUACACGCAUCCUUUAUAUCAGUGAACAGAGAGAGAUAAGUUUCGGCAAGUAUUUUACUGCCUUAAUAUUAAAAUUAACGUAUCCUACUAAGAUCAUUGCUAUGCAAUUAUGUUCCUUUUACCAAAGCCUUACAGUCAUAUUUGGCUUGGUAUUCUUCUACAUUUUAUGCCCAGCAGGCAAUCAUUAUUAAGACUAACCCGAAUCUCACAUCAUAGGAUUCAUAUUUACAAAACUGUAUAUUUAUUUUUUGAAAUACAAUACUAAAGCACUGAAGAAAAUGAUAACAAUAUAUCUUUUUUAUUUACAUUUUGAAGGUUGUAAGAGUAUUUGCUAGAAUGUAUGUGGUCUGGCAUCGUGUUCAGUAGGAAUAUAAAUGUUUAAAAUAUAUAUAAAAAGUAAAAGUUUGUAUAAAUUAUACUGAGUUAUUUAAAUGUAGAGAAAUAUCUUGAAACGUAAACGGAACGUUAAAUGUAGAAUUGCCGAUUAUCUUGUACUAUGUUUAAGUAAUUCAGUAUGCUGCGUCGUGUUCAGUAGAAAGAAAAUUUUGUACGCGCAUUGGUACGUUAAUAUUUGGCUUAGUAGUUUCCAAUUUAUGUGUAGGAAAUGCAGACAAGAACAAUGUAUUAAAUCCUCUUUUGCGUAACAGCAGAAUUAUUGAUCAAGUUUUAUGCAUAUUUUGUCAAUAAAAUCUGAUAUUAGGCGAUUAUCACACUGCACCGCGCUCCGCCGCAGUCCGCGUGGCGACAUAUAACGAAUCCCGCGCGCAAACGCGUUGUCAGUGUGUUGUACCGAGCGUGUUUUCUAUACAAACUAAGGUACUUGCUUCUAAUGAUUAAAUCUGUUGUCCCGCGUACCGCGGCGGAGCGCGGUGCAGUGUGAUAAUCGCCUUAAUAUAGGAAUUUAGUAUAUUGUUCUUGUCUGUUAGUUUUUUGAUAGGACAGUUGAGUAGGCAAUCGCUAGCAAAUAUAUGUAUUGUUGGUUGUUUUUAUAAAGUGAUGAUGCUUUUAAAACAAGUUACCUUAUGAGAUAAGAAAAAUUAUUUGCAAUAUUUUAAAGUUAACUAAUCGUGCUUGUUCAAUCAUUGUUAUUGUUUUUUAUGAUAUGUACGAGGGCCGGCUGAUAAGUCCGCGGCCUAAGGUACUUAAUGAAAUAAAAUAAAUGGUUUCUAUUUUUUAUUUUGUAAUAUAAUCUCCCUGAAAAGAAAUACAUUUCUUAAAUCUCGCAUACAAUGCCUUUUACCCACCCAAAAAUUUUUUUUUCAAAAUGACGACCAACCGCAGCUUUAAUUUCGUUGUCAUCUGCAUAUCUCCGGCCCCGUAAGUCCUUUUUCAAAUCGAAAAACAGGAAAAUAUCGCUAGGUAAUAGGUCUUGGCUAUAUGGUGGGUGGUCAAUCUCUGAGAACCCGGUGUCUUUCAGGGCUUGGCCUCGCAACACGUGCGGCGUGAACGGGCGCGUUGUCUUGCGGAAAGAGCAAUCCGCGUGUCAGUUUCCCACGUCAUUUCUGUACAAUAGCCUCGCAAACAUAAAGAAAUAUUCUUCAGCUAUCUGCCACGAUUUAAUUCUUUGGUCAGCCGGAACGAUUUUUUCGACUUUUGAACGUUUCUUUCACUCAGUAUCGUGACAGGGCGGGGGUCGUUUUCACAGGUCUCUCGUCCGUGUUGAAAUAGUCGGGCCCAUUUUUUAACCAUGGUAUAUGAAGGUCCACAAUCCUGAAGAACCAAUGACAUAUCUUCAAAAAUGUCUUUCGGUCUAUUUUCCUUCUUUACGAGGAAUUAUGUCCGCGGCGCGCGGUGUCGAAAUUCCGCAAAUCUCCAGAUUCGGCGGACAUGGUGAUGUCAUUUGUUCGAUAGAAAUUGAACUAUCAGUGCAAACUUAAUAAGUGAUUGCUUUUUAUAAUACUACUGAGUGUCGCAACUAGUGACAUGAGUAACAAGCUAAUUACUCAUCGCUAAGUACCUUAGGCCGCGAAAUUUUCAGCCGCCCCUCGUAUAUUUCCUAUGUCUUUGUCUCGAUUUUAUGAUAAAAUAGUUCUUUGUCCUUCACAUUGUUGUUAAAUUAAGUGAAUUUCGGUGCUGUGUUUUAAUUAACAAUUAAUUUAGCUUCCCUUUGUAAGGCAUUUGCCGCUUGUUGGCUGUUCAUAAUUUGUAAUUAAUUUAAUUAAUACUAGUCAUGUAAUUGUCUCGAGUUGAAGUACCAAAAUAAAGUGUCAGUCGCUUGAAAACCAAAUCGAUGGAGAUGACCAAAAAUUCCAUAAAAUUGUCCAAGACAAUGACUGGUAGAAACUGUUUAGCACAAAAAGAUACCUAGUUAUUAAUUUGAAUAUUUUAACACUUUCGUGGACUUAUCUCAGUAAGUGGGUGUAUAUCGGGAUAAAACAUACCACUGAAAUAAAAACCUCCUAUUUUGAAGUCGAUUAAAAAAUAUACAUGUCUUAUGAAAUUGCGGCUUGUUAGUAAGUAUACAAAAUAAUUGAACUUAUGCCACUUACAUCUCUUGGCGAUGGAAUUUCUUUAUAAAAUUUUAUUGUCUACUGCCAUUUUGUGGUGGUCUUUGCGUCCACGAAUGUGUUAAGAAAUAUCGUUGGUUUUCGAACAAAAAUGUUUAUUUCAUCAAAUGAAAUUUAACUACGUAAUUUAGAUCUGCUAUAAUUUAUUAAUUUUAAAACAAUUAUUUUCUAUUUUGUAACUUAUUAUCCUUUUCUAUUGUAACUUUUUAUGAGUUUGAUUUACUACUACAGCUACACGUAAAAUAAUACAUUUUGUUGAAUGUUGAAUCUUACCCCUUUUGUAAUAAAGUUUAACUUUGACGAGUAUAAAAAAUGUGCUUAGCCGACUAUACCAAGUGAAAAGUUCAUAACUAUUAGAGGCUAAAGUCCUUUUCAGAAUGUGUAUUUUUCGAUAUUUAGGUAACUAUAUUUUUGAGUUUGUAUACGGAAUGAAAAUAGUACAGUCGACGUUAUUUUUUAUUUUAUUUAUUUAACAAUGUUCUAACAAAAAUCAAUUGUAUACAUGCGCAGAAAGAUGCUAUUUUAACAAGCCAAUUAUUAUAGAGUAGUUAAGAUUACAUGUUUUUGUUACCAUUGUUUUCUUUUUCGCAUUGCAAUUGUCACAAAAGCUGUAACCAACGACGACUGUACCACAUUGGAACGCUUUGGGUGUUGUCCAUAGCGAAACGUAAGCUACUUGUACUGUUUGGAGACGCUUCUACUAUUUGUAAAGUUUAUAUGAAUAUAUGGCAAAUUAACAAUGAACAAA